AGUCUCUGCAUUAAUAGCGAUGAAGAGCAAUUUAGUUGAUCCUAUAAACCAUCUCAAGAAUUGGAAUAAAGGGGAUCCAUGUACAUCCAAAUGGAGAGGAGUUUUAUGCUUUGAUUCAGUCACGGCUGAUGGUUACUUGCAUGUCCAAGAGCUGUAUGAUUCCAGAAAUUCCAUUUUAGAGUGGUCCAUACUUCUCAUUGAUAACUCAAACCGCAGUGGAUCUAUGGAGUUUGUUGUCCCUCCAGUAGACGCAUCAGUCUUUUUCCCGAUUUCUGUGCGUUUUACUACUGCAAGCACAAACAGUGAACUAAAGGCUGCAAACUACUUGAACAUAAAGAGUCUGCUGGAUCUAACAUGCCAGACAGUUGUGGACAUGAUAAAAGGAAAGACUCCAGAGGAAAUCUGGAAGACCUUCAACAUAAAGAAUGACUUCAGUGCCGAUGAAGAGGAAGAGGUUCGUAGAGAGAACUAGUGGGCCUUUGAGUAAGAAGAAAUACAUGGCCUGAUGAUGGUGGUAUAGUAGUAGUACUAUGAGGUUUUAUGUAUCCUAUACUGGUUUAGACUCUGGUCAUGACUAUUGUUUUCUGUUUAGCAAGCUCUCUCUUCAAACAUAGCUGCUCUUUGAAAUGUAAAUAACAGCUGGAUUCCGGUGGUUUUAUGCACCUGUACUUUUAUUUUGAAGUACUCUUAAA